UAUGUUUUAAACUGAAUGCACCAAAUUCUGAAGACUUCUUAUCUCCAUGUUUUCUUCUAAUAAAAUCAAUGAUGGGGCAUCCUGGAGGGGAAUACUCCCUUGAAGUUUUGCUCCCCAUUUGAGAUGUUUUAGCACUCGUAACUUCCAGUAGUCCCAAAAGUGAGGAAAUCAGGAGUGGUGGAGAGCCAUUGUUGCUUGGAUUAUAUUAGCAGCACAUUGUUAGGGCAGCAUGGUGGUACACACAUGAGAUUUUGGAGCCAAAAAGACUGAAAAGUUUUGAGAUGAAUCAGAAAUGGUAUAGGAUCAGAACUAUGGCUGCUGGGUAUGCUUAGUUAAGCAUUUUGCAUUUCCAAAAUACGUUCUCCUUUGAUUUACCAGUCUUUGUAGAUGAAGAUUUCCUUUUCAAAUGGAAAGAAGUCUGUAUUGGGAAAGCUCACCAAGUAGACCUUGUUCGAAUCCAGCAGUGGUGAUCCAGGACAGAAACCAAUGUCCGUCCAUGUUUCUGUUCAAAAGAUCCGUGCAUCAGGACAGAAACCAAAAGGAAGACAAAAUCCCAUCUUCACUGUGUUCUGGACGACCACUCGUGGAUCCCACUUCUGACACCAUUAUUGUUGUGGAAAAAUUACAGUUGUAGAUGAAAAGUAAUCCAUUUACGAAGCUCGGUGAGUUUUGCAAUACAGGAAAAAAGACUUAUUGUUUGUUGCAGCAGAUACAGACAGGACAGGGCCCAGGCCUGCCCUGGCCACAGACUGGUCACAGACCUUGUAAGGACAAAGUUACAGUUUUGUGCUUUAGAAAAUACAUUUGAUUAAAAAAGGUGACUUAUUCACCCACGAACUGUGGCAAAAUCAAUGUUUUUUCAGACAUUAUUUGAGUUGUUUACCUCCUAAAUGAUCAGUUUAGACCAGGGGUGUCCAAAACGUUUUUCAUGAAGGGCCACAUUUAAAAACACAGACAAAGCUGAGGGCCGAUUGAGGGCCAUAGACUGGUCACCAAUACAGUGAAUACUUCAAAUCUGCGUUAUUAUUACAAGUUAGACUGAACCACUAGACCUUUAUUCAUGCUUACAUCCUCAAUGGGACAUAUUCAAUAAAGAUUUUCAGAAAUAUACAGUAAAAAGUACUGUUCAAGGUAACAUGUGCCAAUUCACCUGGAAGCUUGAGGGCCAAGAAAAAUUGGUUUGGGGGCUGCAUUUGGCCCCCGGGCCACAGUUUGAGCAUGCCUGGUUUAGACAUAUGACCUGCUUCUAAGUUAGUUUUCCUGUGAAAUGAAAGAGAAGAGAGGAGAGUGCAGGGGGCUGAGGAGGAGGAGGAGCUGAACUAUCGCUGCUGCUACAGGGGGAUAUCAGAAUCAGAAUCCUUUUAUUGCCACCGUUUGUGAACACAGUUCACAAACUAGGAACUUACUUCGGUGAUAAAGUGCAACAUAAAACACACUGAAUAAAUACAAAUACAAAUAAGGGCAUGCACGAAGUUAAAAAAGAUAUGCUUAAAAAAUCAAAUAAAAUACUUCAAGGUAGAAAAUAUAUACAACAGCAGCAUCAGAACAACUAUACUUAUAUACUUAUAUACUGUAUCUAAAUAAAACAAAAUAUUCACAAUAAAGAUAUUAUUGCCUAUAGACCUAUUUCUACACAGUUAAUAAAUUAUAAACCUCAGACUUUGUGGUGUUUAAAAUAAAACAAUAAAAAAAUCAGUUAAUGGCGUAAGCUUUCCCCAAAAUAUCAGGGUUGGCCUAAAAUUUUCAUAUCAGUGCAUCCCUAGAAAUGUAUUUAAGCUCUAAGAAUAUCAUGAUAUAAUUUUUUGACAUGUCCGCACUUCUGCUCCUACAGAUACCAAUCGUACCCGAUCUCAUGUCCAACCCUGCACCUCCCCUUCCACUGCUCUGUCAGCUAGUCGACAGCCUCAGUGAGCCGGAGCAGAGGACCCUGGUGUUCCUGUGUGGGAGCCUGGACUCGGAGCACAGCCCUGCCCGUACCCGCAACGUCCUUGAGGAAGCGGUCAGCAGCAGUGAGAGCCCAAACCAGGUGGUCAGAGAGCUCCUGGUACAGCUGAAGAGAUUGGACUUGCUCCGAAAGCUGUACCAGUGUGGGAGAGAGGAGGUGGAGAGGCUGAGGAGCACGUGCCAACUGUGUGCUUAUAGAGUCCUGAUGGUAAACCUGAGCGAGGACCUGACCACUGAGGAUCUAAACCGGUUCAAGUUCUUACUGGGACAUAUGCUGCACCGAGACAAACUAGACAGAGCUAAGUGCUUCCUGGACAUCAUUGUUGAACUAGAAAAACAAGACAAAGCAUUGAGUGAGAGAGUGGACCUGAUAGAAACCUGUCUGAGGGACAUCGGCCGAAUUGACCUAGCCAAAAGGGUGCGCACUCUUUCGCCCAGAGUCCCUGAACACACCCAAGCCCAGAGGCCAUGGUGCCCUCCUCCUUGUCCCAGACCCAUCCAGCCCUUUAACUGUCCUCCACAUACCAGACCUGCCCUGAAUGGUGCAGGGCGUACCCUACAGCUGCGGCAAAGGGAGGCGAGCUGCUCGAGUUACCUAGAACACUACAAACUAGACACUAAUCCUAAAGGAGUGUGCGUCAUCAUCGACUGUGUGGGCCAAGACGGAGAGUUGUUGGAGCAGACUUUCCGGGAUCUUCACUUCUCUGUGGUCCUAUAUCGCUGGCUCAGUGUCAGCAGCUGUCAGUCUGCCCUGAGAAAUUUGCAGCAGGACCUGCGCCUGAGGACUGCCUCUGCCUUUGUCUGCUGCAUCAUCAGUCGAGGUACACCGCUCCACCUGCUGGCAACAGAUGCACAACACACUGGCCUACACCUGGAAACUCUCCGACGAAUGUUCACCCCUGACAACUGCCCCGCACUCACCGGAAAACCCAAACUGUUCUUUAUCCAAAGCUACAGCGUGCCCGAGAACCAGGCUGGAGCAGGGAGGAGCUUCAUCCACGGUGAGGACCUAGAGACAGAUGGUGUCACUGGGCUGGGACAACUCCUUGUUCCUACAGACGCAGACGUGUUCUGGAGCCACUGCUGGACACAGGAGAGCCAGCUGCAGACCACAGGACACCACUCACAUUACCUGGGAGCCCUGAUGGGGGCGCUGCAAACAGGAAGGUCUCACCUGGUCGACCUGCACCUCCGAGUGAACGCUGCGGUCACUGAACACAAUAAGAGGAACCCAUUGGAGCAGUACCACCUGGAUCUAAAGCACACGCUGCGGAAGAACUUGUACCUGCACUGAGGCUCCACCAGAGGGCCAGAGCCUCCACAGAGCAGCCUGUAACCAUGGAACCCUCACGUCACCUUUAGGCUAGAAGAUUGAUAAAGAGGACACAUUUAUAUAACACAAAGUAGUAUUUGUUUUGCAUCUGCUCCGUCCAUAUUUAUUUUGUAUUUAUAACAAUAUUAAUGUGAAUAUUCAGCGCAGCUAAUACAGACAGCUAUUUUUCUUUUUUUAUUAUUUUAUUUUAUUUGUUUUAUUUUAUCAACAUUAUAGGGCCUGUACCUGUUUUUUUUACCCAUGUAUUUGAGCAAAAUGCGUCUUUUGCAAGAUAUAUUGCAUACGCAGUUCUUGAGGUCAAAAAUAAAUCAGCAGUGUACUUUUAAGGUGUGUGUGAAAAUCAGGAGGUGCACGUUAAUAUGCUAGUUAUUGUUGUUAUCAUUACCGUAACAGCAAAACUCCACUCUGGUCUCUUCAAGAGCUACUCAGAAUGCAUGAAGUGAGGAAUAACGUUCGACCACUGCAAAGCAUUUAAAAUUAGUUCUCAUUUUAACCCAAUAAAAUCCUAUAUUAUGUGUUUU